CAAACAAAGCCUGUAUCUUAUUUUCUCUCUCCCAAAGCGGCUUCUUCAGUUUUUACGUUCACUUUUUUACUUCCGAUCAAAUGGCGCCGAAAGCAGCAGAGAAAAAACCAGCAGAAAAGAAACCAGCCGAAGUGAAGAAAGCUGAGAAAGCACCAGCAGAGAAGAAACCCAGAGCCGAGAAGAAAUUGCCAAGCAAAGAUGCUUCAUCAACAGAUAAGAAGAAGAAGAAAUCAAAGAAAUCAGUCGAGACUUACAAGAUCUACAUCUUCAAAGUUCUGAAACAAGUUCAUCCUGAUAUUGGUAUUUCAAGUAAAGCCAUGGGUAUCAUGAACAGUUUCAUUAAUGACAUCUUUGAAAAACUUGCUGCUGAAUCAUCGAGAUUAGCUAGGUAUAAUAAAAAACCAACUAUUACUUCUCGAGAGAUUCAAACUGCUGUUCGUCUUGUUCUUCCUGGUGAAUUGGCUAAACAUGCUGUUUCUGAGGGUACUAAAGCUGUUACCAAAUUUACUAGUUCUUAAUCAUCGUUUCUGUUUGGGGUUUUCUUUUUAGUGGUUUCGGUUUGGGGAUUAGGGUUUCACAUAUGUAAGUAGUAUAUCAAAUUUAUCCAAUUUCAGUUUCUAAUCCAAUUUCUUGUUAGUGAAAUCAAUUGUCUUAAUUUUUGGAUAUGAAUCAAUUGAAAACCGUUUAGAUUUCUCAAA